GCCUUGUCUCACCAAUAAUUGCUCUCGCUCCACCGCGACCUCCCCUCCCCUCUCACACACAAGCGAUUCCGCCUCCAGAACCUUCCUUCCCCCACCUCGCUAAACCCUAGCCCCCGCGCCUUCCGGCGCCGCCGCCGCCGGAGCAUGGACGAGUGGCUGCCGCUGCCGAACGUCUUCGGGCGCCUCCUCGACACCAAUGAUCAGGACCAGUGGCCUCCGGAGGCGACACUCCUCAUCGCGGCCAACGACGGCAACGUCCGCCGCCUCAAGGAGAUCGCGAGGGGCCUGGACGUCAACGGGAGGGGGAUCAAUUCGGUGCUACGUCGCACAACCUUCAAGGGCAUGGACGCACUCCACGCCGCGGCUGGUGGGAAGGGCAAGCUACCAAUCUGCCGAUACCUCGUCGAGGAGGCCAAGAUGGACGUCAACAAGCGUGACACCUUUAAAGGUAAGAGCAUGACACCACUGCAGCAUGCUGUGUUCAGUGGGAACCUCCCUAUCGUGAGGUUUCUUCUUGAUCAUGGUGCUGAUCUCCAUCAAGAAGGCAGUCUAGGAGGUCAUGAAAGAUGCACUGCUCUUCAUACAGCUGCAGAGAAAGGACGCUGUGAAAUAGCAAAACUUCUGCUUUCUAGGGGAGCUUAUGUUGAUGGCAAAUCAUGCCAUAUGACACCACUACAGCUUGCGGUUCAUGGAGGGCAUGAUAGUACUCUGAAGAUUUUGUUGGACCACAAUGCAGAUCCCAACAAGGAAAUAAAUCUGUCAACACCUUUGACCAUAGCCUUGUGCACUCCUUCCUUGUCUUGUCUGAAGCUAUUGAUUCAGGCUGGAGCUGAAGUGAAUGAAAUUGGUAAUCCUUUGGCAAGGGCUGCACGGGAAGGCUUAACUGAAGCUAUCAAGUGCUUGUUGGAGGCUGGUGCAAACCCCAACACUACUGACUGUUAUGGUAGAUUUCCAAUAGAGUUGGCUGCCGUGUAUGGUACAAGGGAAGAUGUUGAGAUUCUGUUUCCUUGCACUUCCCCAAUUCCAACUGUGACAAACUGGAGCAUUGAUGGAAUAAUCAAUCAUAUGGAACUGGAAAGAAAGCAACGAGAGGAUGAUGAUUUUGUUGAAGCAAGGAAGUCUGAUCUGAAAAGACAGGGUGGUGAUGCAUUUAAAAAGCAAGAUUAUAUAAAUUCCUCAGCAUUCUAUACACAGGCAGUGAAGGUAGAUCAGUAUGAUGCUGGAUUGUUCUCAAGCAGGAGUCUUUGCUGGCUCCGCACAGGUGAUGGGAAAAGGGCUUUGGGAGAUGCAGUUAGAUGCAAAAUGCUAUCUCCAAAGUGGUCAAAGGGUUACUACCGGGAAGGACAAGCUCUGAUACUUCUUAAGGAGUAUGAAAAAGCUUGUGACACACUCUCUGAAGGCUUAGAGCUGAACCCUAUGUGUGAUGAGCUCGAUAAAUUAUAUUGGGAGGCAAUGGAUCUGAAGAAUAGCAGCACUGGAGCAGCUUAGAAAAAGCCUGCAAGAAAAUUGGAUCGCCGUUUCCCUUUUUGGUUGAUGUUCUUGGGAAUACGAAGAAACACUCAUCAGUAGUCUUUAGUUUUGCUGGUUGUACUGUAUUCAGCACAUCAGCAUUUGCCUGUACUUUGAAUUGGUGGCGCUCUGCUUGGAGUCCUUUCUGAGGUUGGGAGAAGCGUGUGAUACCUGGAGAAUAGCUUAGCUUAGAUCGAGGUACUGGACUACUGGUUUCAAGUAACUUUUACAUGUUACCAGAGUGGCAUACGCACACUGUUUUGGCCAUUUUGCGUGCUUGAAGCACGACACGACCACAGCUGUGAAGCGUUUUUCUGGGCUGCUGACCUACACUAUCCAUGCUUGAAUAGUAUUUGUUGGAGUAUCAGUAAUCUAGGUCCAUGAGGCCCUUGUAUGGAACUAUA